GGCAUUUUAGCUUGAAGCAUCUUUAAAACAGACUUCUAAAGUCUCGAAAUUCAUGUCUAUUUGCUGCAACACCGAACAUGGAAUGUUUUGAUAUCUACUGAACUCAAAAAAUUGCAAACAUUCUUAGACUACAUAGUUAGUUUGAUUGUCUAACUACCUCGUAUGUAGAUCAUAAACUACCUACCUACAUAGAUAGAAUCUGGGGUGCACGUUCAACAAGUAUCAAGUAUACAAGACUUACACUUGGAAACGUGGUAAAGCGACAAAUCAACAUUACUUUCGAAAGGAAAACUCUAUUCGAUAUGGCGGACUUUGACCUCAACUCAACAUUCAUCCCUGCUCUUCAUAAGCCUUCGGCGUUACUACCCAUCGCCAAGCAUCACGAUAGCUUGCUCUACCUUAUCGAGAAAAACCCGGUAACAAUCGUUGUUGGGCACACAGGUUCCGGCAAAACCACACAAAUACCCCAGUUCCUCGAGCAUGCGGGAUGGUGUUCCGACGGUAAGAUAGUUGGUGUUACUCAGCCCAGAAGAGUGGCUGCUACAACAGUUGCAAUCAGAGUAGCCGAGGAGUAUGGCUGUGAGUUAGGAAAAGAGGUGGGCUACUCGAUUAGAUUCGAGGAUGUGACGUCUGCUGCAACUCGAAUUAAAUUUUUAACAGAUGGGCUACUUAUUCGAGAAGCUCUGGUCGACCCACUACUAUCACGUUACUCCGUUAUCAUGGUCGACGAAGCCCAUGAGAGGUCUAUAAGCACGGAUAUUCUCCUUGGUCUUCUUAAGAAGAUACGGAAGCGAAGACCAGAGCUACGUAUUAUCAUUAGUAGCGCUACUCUUCAGGCGGAAGACUUUCUCAACUUCUUCUCCCAGCAGUCUGAUAACCAAGGACCUCCCGACGGCGAAAAGAGUGAGAUAGGUUCAAUAAUUAGCCUCGAAGGUAGGAUGUAUCCAGUAGAUGUUCUCUACUUAGAGUCACCGACAGAAGACUACGUUGAAAAGGCGAUAUCUACGAUUUUCGACAUCCAUACCAAAGAGCCGGAUGGCGAUAUUCUUGUCUUUAUGACCGGUCGGGAAGAGAUUGAUACAGCUGUCCAAGCCAUUGCGGAACGAGCAGCCCAACUUCCGCCAGCCGCUCAAUCAAUCUCUGCCCUUCCAUUAUAUGCGGGGUUAUCAACGGAGCAACAGAUGCUAGUAUUUGAUAGUCCGCCUGAGAACACAAGAAAAGUCAUAAUCUCGACUAAUAUCGCGGAAGCAUCCGUUACGAUCGACGGUAUUGUCUAUGUUAUCGAUUCGGGCUUCGUCAAGCUAAGAGCCUUCGAUCCUAAGACUGGCAUCGAGUCUUUAACAGCAACGCCUGUCUCGAAGGCGGCGGCACAGCAGCGUGCGGGAAGGGCCGGGCGCACGAAGCCAGGGAAAUGUUUUCGACUUUAUACUGAAAAGGCUUUUCAGGCCUUACCUGAUGCGAACAUCCCGGAGAUACAAAGGUCUAACCUUGCACCAUUUAUUUUGCAACUGAAGGCGCUCGGUAUUGAUAACGUCGUACGCUUCGACUAUCUGACACCACCGCCUGCGGAGCUUAUGGCCAAAGCAACAGAACUGCUUUUUGCCCUGGGUGCCCUGGAUGAGUACGCUAAACUUACAAAACCGCUGGGUAUGCGGAUGGCGGAGCUUGCGGUGGAGCCCAUGAUGGCGAAAACCCUAUUAACGGCCUCAUCAUUUGGUUGCCUUAGCGAAAUACUUACAAUCGCGGCGAUGACAACCCUAAGCGGUUCCGUAUGGAUCCAGAGGGAAGGCGAAAAGAAGCUGACAGAGUCUUCACGACGAAAAUUCGCCGCAGAAGAAGGUGAUCACUUGACGCUUCUAAAUGUCUACCAAGCAUUUGUAACCAAGGGCAAGAAAGAGUCGAAGUUUUGUCACGAAAACCAUCUCAAUUUUAAAGCUAUGACCCGCGCCGUAAGCAUCAGGGCGCAACUGAAACGCUACCUGGAACGGUUUGGAAUAGCAGUAGACGAGAGCCUCAAGACAUCAGCGGUCAAUAAAGGAGAGCAGAUUCGACGAUGUCUCACGACGGGAUAUUUUGCUCACGCAGCUAGAAUGCAACCCGAUGGAAGUUUCCGCAACGUUGAAGGUGGAACGACACUCUAUGCGCAUCCUAGUUCUUUAAUGUUCAAUCGCAAAGCUGAUUGGGUAAUUUUCCACGAGGUUAUGGAAACUGGCAGCAAGAUAUUCAUCCGCGAUAUCAGCAAAAUCGAGAAGGAGUGGCUUCUAGAGUAUGCGUCAGGAUAUUACCAAGUCAAGUCAUAAGGGUUUACCGGAAUAGACAAUUGACACAAUUGACACAAUUGACACAAUUGACCUGGCGUGUUUUGACGACGAGGUCUAUUGUGGUCGAGGCCAUCGUGCUCCCCAGUUGGAAGGCUAAAUAUUCUAAUGAUAUCCACCUCCCUAUCCAAGACAGGUAGUUGAGGUAUGCUCGUUAAAGAGAAGCAAGCUAUGAAACAAUAAUCCGUAUUGCAGUCGAACCCGUUGAGGCUGAGACGCAAAUAGCCAAUCGCCAGGGAUCGUUUCAAAAAGAAACAAGAAACAAGCUUUCAGUCGUUGGAUUAGUACACUUCUAGGUUAGCUGCACCAGCUAAGCUUCAAUCAGGACUUACGGGAUUUUCCUUGAUUACUAUUAAUCCACCGACCUACCUCGAGCAGGUGUUACCUAUGUUACCUUAGGAUCCAAUCUGGAGCCGUCUCACGAACAACUUGAACCUAUUUAUAACGGGUGCAUGCUGUUACC